AAAGUGAGUAGCGAGGAACAAGCCACAGAUAUCGUCCUUCAAGCGUGGCUACAAACUAAAGUAGGUUAUAUGCGGUGGAACAACAUUUUUGGCGCAUUGAAGGAAUCACAAUGACUGACAUUAAUUCUCAUGCCAAAAAACCCAAUGGAUUGGUAAAUCAAGGAGCAACGUGUUACUUGAACAGUGUGCUGCAGGUGCUGUUCAUGACCAAAGAUUUCAAAGAAGCGGUGACAAGAGACUCUAAAUAUAUUGAUCCACUUCUUAAACACCUGUUUGAAACCUUAAAGAAAAAAACAGCAACGACGUCUCGGAUCACAAAGAAGCUGAAGAUCCAAGUGUAUGAGCAACGUGAUGCUGCUGAAUACUUUGAGAAGAUUUUAAAUGAAACCAGUCGUAAGGCUUCACAGAUAUUUCAAGGAGAGCUGACACACAAGAACACAUGCAGUGAGUGUAAGACAGAUACAAACACCAGUGAUCCAUUCUGGAGUCUGCCUCUUGCAUUGGAGUCAGACAAUAAUGAAUACAAUGUGGAGAAAGAAAUUAAAGACUUUUUCCAAGAAGUAUGUAUUGAUGGAGACAACCAGCUCUAUUGUGAAAUAUGCGAUGCCAAAGCUGGUGCUAAAAUAAAAUUGGAAAUGACACGUUAUCCAGAAGUUUUGACGCUGCUGUUGAAAAGAUUUAGGUUUGACCAUCGAUACCAAGAACAUGUGAAAAUAAAACGAGCAGUCACAGCUCCUGACACUCUACAAAUACCAGAGAACCAGACCUAUGAGCUUUAUGCAUUUGUCGAGCACUUUGGUGACUUGAGAUCCGGACAUUACACCGUAACAAUCAAAUCUCAGGAUGAUGACAGAUGGUACAACUUCAAUGAUACCUGUGUCACAUUGCUUCCAGAAAGACCAUUCCAGCUGGACAGAAAUAACACAUCCAGCAGUGCUUAUCUUCUGUUCUACAGGAGAAAGAAAAUGCAUGCUGCAGACACACAACACAUCAGUGAGGCACCCACUGGUGGAGCUUCAGCCAAUGAGCAACAAGAACAGGUUGUAAAGACCACAGGGAGAGACGAAGCCAACAAGUACCAUGGGCUAGUAAACCAAGGAGGAACGUGUUACUUAAACAGUGUGCUGCAGGUGCUGUUCAUGACAAAAGACUUUAGAGAAGCUGUGACAAGGAACCCUGGAGCAAGUCAGUAUAUUGAUCACCGUCUUAACACUUUGUUUGAUAAACUAAAGGAAAAUACAGCUUACACACAUGAAAUCAGUUCAAAGCUGGACAUCAACCCAGUGUCCAUACGAGGUGGCGCAGCUGAGUGCUUUGAGAAGAUUCUGAGUCUAACUAGUCCUGAAGCCUCACAGAUAUUCCAGGGAGUGCUGACACACAGGAACAAGUGCUCUACAUGUAGUACAGAGACAGGAACAGAUGAUCCAUUUUGGACUCUACCUCUUCAACUGGUGCAAUCUGACACCAGAGAUUACAGUGUGACAGAUGCCGUUGCCAAAUAUUUCAGUCAAUCAGAUGCUGGUGGAGGAAACCAGCUAUACUGUGACAGGUGUGCAUGCAAAAGUGAUGCUGCUAUUAAAUUGGAAAUGAGGCAUCAUCCAGAUGUUUUGACGCUGCUGUUGAAGAAAAACAAGUUUGACCAUCAAUACCAAGUAUGCAUGAAAAUAAGACAAGAGGUGAUAGUUCCUAAGACUCUACAAAUACCAGAGAACCAGACCUAUGAGCUUUAUGCAUUUGUCGAGCACUUUGGUGACUUGAGAUUCGGACAUUACACUGUAACAAUCAAAUCGCAGGAUGAUGAGGAUGAUGACAGAUGGUACAACUUCGAUGACACUUAUGUCACAUUGCUUCCAGAAGGACCAUUCCAGCUGGACAGAAAUAACACUGCUCUUACUAGAUCCAGUAGUGCUUAUCUUCUGUUCUACAGGAGAAAGAAAAUGCAUGCUGCAGACACACAACACAUCAGUGAGGCACCCACUGGUGGAGCUUCAGCCAAUGAGCAACAAGAACAGGUUGUAAAGACCACAGGGAGAGACGAAGCCAACAAGUACCAUGGGCUAGUAAACCAAGGAGCAACAUGUUACUUAAACAGUGUGCUACAAGUGCUAUUCAUGACCAAAGAGUUCAGAAAAGCUGUGACAAGGAACCCUGGAAGAAGUCAGUAUAUUGAUCACCCUCUUGACACCUUGUUUGAUAACUUAAAGAAAGAUACAGCUUACACACAUGAAAUCAGUUCAAAACUGGACAUCAACUCAGUGUCCGUACAAGGUGACGCAGCUGAGUGCUUUGAGAAGAUUCUGAGUCUAACUAGUCCUGAAGCCUCACAGAUAUUCCAGGGAGUGCUGACACACAGGAACAAAUGCUCUACAUGCAGUACAGAGACAGGAACAGAUGAUCCAUUUUGGACUCUACCUCUUCAACUGGUGCAAUCUGACAUCAAAGACUACAAUGUGGCUCAUGCCAUUGCCAAAUAUUUCAGUCAAUCAGAUGCCAGUGGAGUAAACCAGCUAUACUGUGACCAGUGUGGGUGCAAAUGUGAUGCUGCCAUUAAAUUGGAAAUGAGGCAUCAUCCAGAUGUUUUGACGCUGCUGUUGAAAAGAUUUAGGUUUGACCAUCGAUACCAAGAACAUGUGAAAAUAAAACGAGCAGUCACAGCUCCUGACACUCUACAAAUACCAGAGAACCAGACCUAUGAGCUUUAUGCAUUUGUCGAGCACUUUGGUGACUUGAGAUCCGGACAUUACACCGUAACAAUCAAAUCGCAGGAUGAUGACAGAUGGUACAACUUCAAUGAUACCUGUGUCACAUUGCUUCCAGAAAGACCAUUCCAGCUGGACAGAAAUAACACAUCCAGCAGUGCUUAUCUUCUGUUCUACAGGAGAAAGAAAAUGCAUGCUGCAGACACACAACACAUCAGUGAGGCACCCACUGGUGGAGCUUCAGCCAAUGAGCAACAAGAACAGGUUGUAAAGACCACAGGGAGAGACGAAGGUGAGGCAGCAGGCAUGGACCAUAACCUUGUGGACAUACAGGGAAAAGAUCAGCAGAUGAUAAUGAAUGAUGUAGAGAAUAAAGAUGAAAGUAAACAGGAAAAGGAGAAAGAAAAGUACUCGGCAAAAAACAAGAAAAACAAAGACAUGGAACAUGUAGACAAUGAAAGCAGUGACCAAAUUACAAAGAAAAGAAAAACUGAUAAUCAGGAGUCUGAUGACCACAAGAAUGAUGUUGUGCAUCAGCAGAAUGCAAAUUUAAAACCCAGAAAAGGCAGUGAUCACCAGGAUAACCAACACAGUCUGACAGUCAAACAAAAUGAAGAAAUGAGAGAGUACAGACUAAGAGAUAAGGACAAGCAGAUGAUGAUAGCUGAGAUGGUAGACAGUAAUAGCACAGAUGAAGCUAAUAGAGGUAAAACAAGAGAUGUGAAUAGCGGGUCUGUAGUGCAUAAAGACUCCUCUGAUAUGUUUCAAAGCAGUGGAAAGGUGGAUGAAGGUAAGCGGAACAUGUCAGAGAAUGAUGAAGAGCAAAAGAAAAACGAUAAGCAGCAUGAGACAGAUGGUGAAGCUGCACAAAGAAGAGAUAAAACAAAAAGAGACUUUUGUGAGAGUGGAAAAUACAAGUAUAGCUAUCUAUUAGCUGAUGACAGUCAAAGCAAAGAACAGCACAAUCUGGGACAAAAAGUCAGGCAUGAAUGUGUGGAAGGAGAGAUUAUAGAAAAAAAACAAAAAAACACUGGACAUGAUGGAGGAAGAGAGUGGUCUUUGUCAGGAAGCAACCGUUUGACAGAGAACUACAGAAGCAGCACUGGUGAUGAACAAAUGAAACCACACAGUCAGUCAGAACUAUGGGUUACUCAGUCACACAGCAGACCUAGAAGUGUUAGUGAAGACAUGGAAGGUAUCGGUUCAGAGAAGGAAGAUCAGACAAUUAAUAUUCAAAGCAUGAACACACAGACACAAAAAAUGUCAGAGGACGUAAAUGACAUGUUCAGUAAGUUUAAAGAAUUAAAUCUAAAUGAGCCACUGCACUUUGGACCAAAAUUUAAAAACAACAGCGAGGCUAAUGAACAUAAAAAGAAACGUAAGGGGCAUGAACAGGUAUUCAGUAAUAUUUCAGAAACAAAACAAGAGCAGCAGAAAGAGAUAAUAAAAUAUGGACGAUCAAGACAGAAUACCUCACAAAUCUACACCUAUUUUCAAACAACAUUAACCCGACAUGAUGAUGAAAGUAGCACUUCUAAGCAAAAUGGCCAGAGGUCGCCACAACUUGAAAUUCAUUCUGUAGAGGUUAUUGGCCAUGAAGAGAUAAUAAAAAUGAAACUGAAGAGAGAUUAUCAGCAAAUUCCAGGAGAUGUAGAUCAACAACAGACUGGAGAUCACACAGGAAAACAAAACAAUGAUGAGGAAGUUAAAAGAGAGCAAACAAAAGAAAUAUCCAAACCAUACUGUGGGGAGAGUGGAAAAGAUUAGUACAAUGUGCAAUUAGAUAAUGUUACUCAGAGCAGAACACAGGAGGACUCUGAAAUUAUACAAAGCUGUGGGUUAAGAAGCUUUUGUUGGAGACAAAAAAGCAGUAAUUGUAGUAAAUGAUGAAGCAUGUGACUCAAUGAAAGGUGAACUGUACACCAGAUUCAGAAUUUGAGUGUGAAUGUUACAUUUAGUAACAAAAAUGACAGUGGAAAAAUAGAAAACAGUCAUAAGAAAAAUGUUUCAUAGAGGAAUAAAAUAGGAGAAUGAGAAACAAGACAUGGUGUAAGUAAGAGUGAUCAGAGCUCAGAGCCUGAAUAGUAUAACAUAACAUAAAAUGUUAUUUUACCAGAAUGUUCUAGUAAUUUUCAGAUUUUUAAUGUAUUCAUCAGAGAUCGGCUGGAAUCAUGUGAAAUGCUGUAAAAUUGUUUCCUUUCUUCUUCUUCUGUAUUUCCUUUUUUGGUGUAUUUUACGUUGGUAUUGGUAAUGAAGUUUACUUUGUUCAUUUUGGUUAACUUUGUUCCAUUUUUAUCAGGUAAUAUGUAUUAUUUCCUGUUCAAGGGCCGAAGAGCAUCAGUUUAAAUGAGUUCAUAAAAAAAAAACUUAUUUAUAGGGAAAGUUUCUGAAAUUUUAUAUAUGGGUUUUUUUCUUAAUGUUUACUGAUUUCUAAUUAAACUUAUUCAAAAUAGUGUAUAAAUAUAUUUAAUGAAUCUGUAUGAGGAGGAUAAUUUCACAUUUAGAUUCUACAUAUUAGUAUGUUUUUAGUUUUACUGUUUGUACUGUAGAAGUCUGAAGACAUAAAAUAUCUAUUUGGUCACAGUGUUAGGACUUGUGAACUUCACUGUAACCACUGAGUAUUUAAUACAUAUUUUUAAAAAACUAUUUUGAAAAAAAAAUACUUAGAGAUUAGAUACUUAGGUUAGAGAUGCUUGUUGUUAUAAUAUGACUCUGAUGAGAAACCUGUCAAACACUGGAUCAUAAUAAACUGUGUGAAUAUGCCUCCACUUCAAGCUCAUGCCCAUAUAAUUUCUUUGAAUCUAUGCUGCAAACGAUAUAUUUUAACUGCCAUAUACACUAUAAAUAAAUAGUAGUUUUAAUUGUU